CCCACAGGAGCUGCUCUAUAUCUCCAGCCCACAGGACAGGGGAGACCAGCUGCCCCUGAACCCCAGGACAGCCAGCUGGAUCUGUUCUCAGAGCAGCCACAGCAAAGUCACUUGGAAACAUGGGUCCAACCCAGUGGAAUUCUCGGCUUUCUCUCUUUCUGCUGCUGGGGCUCUUGGGAAUGGCGAUCUUGGUCCAUGCCCCACCUCCUGGUAUAUCCCGAGCUCAGUGGUUUGUAAUUCAGCACAUUAAUAUGACCAACAAACUAUGCAACAUCGCAAUGCAAGCAAUCAACCGCUAUAAUUUUUUUCCAGGGAUAUGCAAAGGCCAAAACACGUUCCUUCGCACAUCCCUUAGUUCUGUAACUCCGGUCUGUCGAAACAAAAAUGUAACCUGCAGUGACAGACUCCAUACAAAUUGUCAUAGAAGCCGAAGUCGUGUGAACAUUAUCCACUGCAACCUCACAAGACGUGCACAAAAUUAUAGACUGUGCCAAUACCAACAAACAAGGGGAAGAAAGAACUACAAUGUUGCCUGUAACAAUUACUACCAUCCAGUUCACUUGGAUAGAGUCUACUAAGCUCUAAACCAGAGCUCUGUGCCAUGUUCCUGCACCAGCCCGGAAGUCACAGUCAUGGUCCCAGGGCACCAUCGACCCUGGAUAUCAGCAUCAGUCUUCACCACCAGCCCACAACCCCUUUUACUCUCCGCUGAACUGAGCUUUUGUACACCUGAUGAAAUAAACUUCUUUGCA